ACUCACAAACGCAGGGAAAGGGUGAGACCUUUCAGAGCCGCCAAGCAGGCAAGCUUCCAGCAGCAGUCUGGGAGUGAGCUGGCGGCAGAGCCACCAAGCUGGGCGGCGGGGCAUCGGGCCUCACGGUUCAAUUUCUAUUCAGUUCUCCUGUAAUGGAAAAUUGCUUUGCACAAAGCUAGAGUGUUACAGUUCUUUCCAGCGCCCCUCCCCUUCCCCGCCCCCACCUCCCACCGGCAGCCUUUGGAUCAGAGGGACAGCGCCUGCAAGAAGGUGGAAGGAGGGUUGUUGUGGCUUCUUACUAUGUCCCUUACUUCAGGCCCUGGCCCCGGGUGGUUACUCUUUUCCUUUGGAAUGGGACUGGUAUCGGGGUCAAAGUGUCCCAAUAAUUGUCAGUGUCAAGACCAAGAAGUGAUCUGCACAGGGAGCCAGCUGACUGAGUACCCCCUUGACAUCCCCCUGAACACUCGGAGUCUCUUCCUGAACAAUAACAGAAUCACUAGCUUGCCAGCAAUGCAUCUAGGACUCCUCAGUGACCUUGUCUACUUGGACUGUCAGAACAACCGAAUUCGAGAGGUGAUGGACUACACCUUCAUUGGAGUCUUCAAACUUAUCUACCUUGACCUCAGCUCCAACAACCUGACUUCCAUCUCCCCAUUCACCUUCUCGGUGCUCAGCAAUCUGGUGAAGCUGAACAUUGCCAACAACCCACACCUGCUCUCUCUCCACAAGUUCACCUUUGCCAAUACCACCUCUCUGAGGUACCUGGACCUCAGAAACACCGGCUUGAAGACCUUGGACGGAGUUGCCUUUUAUCACCUUAGUGUUCUUGAGACCGUGUACCUGAGUGGAAACCCCUGGAUGUGCAACUGCUCUUUCCUGGACUUCGCCAUCUUCUUGAUAGUGUCCCAUAUGGACCCCUCAGAUGAUCUAAAUGCCACGUGUGUGGAGCCCACCGAGCUGACAGGGUGGCCCAUCACCCGGGUGGGGAACCCCCUCCGAUACAUGUGCAUCACGCACCUGGACCUCCGAGACUAUGUCAUCCUGCUGCUCAUCGGCUUCUGCAUCUUCGCCGCAGGGACUGUGGCUGCCUGGCUCACAGGGGUGUGUGCUGUGCUCUACCAGAAUGCCCGCCGCAAGUCCAGCGAAGACGAGGCUGAGGAUGAGGCCGGGCACAGGGUGGAAGUCAGCAGGCGAAUUUUUCAAACCAAGGGUAAUUCGGGCCAAGACUUCCCUCAGCUUAUUUAGUGGCCAGAGACCAGAAUCCUAUGUGCCUCCUUUCAGGUUCCCUGCCUUCUCUCUUGCCUUCCCCAUCCAGCCACCUUAGAGCUGGCCUACAGAUUGAAGCCUACUAGUAAAAUAAAUAAAAUGUUUAAUGGCCA